UGUUUGUGCUUCUUUUGAAGCAGAUACUCUUUGUUGUCUCGUAUUGAUUUUGGGAUUCACUGUGUGUUGCUAUGUUUGAGACCACAUUUAUAACUGCCCAGUCAAGAAAGCAAGCAGUAAUGAAUAGUGUUGCUCUCUUAGUGAAUAGUGUUGCUCCCUCCCUAAGUGAAUGUCUGAUUGACUUCAGGCUUCCCAUUGAGGUGUUAAGAUGUUUCAACACAGACGGUGAUUGCUCUGCUGGAAUAUACCUGGGGCGUGCCUGACUACCUGUCAACUUGAUCUAAAAGAUUUUUGUGGCGUUACCGGCAAUUUGUGACAACACAGCUUUUUUUAAUCCGGCAAAAAUAUUGGCUGUUGUUUACACAUCCCAGUGGAUUAACAUUGAUUUAGACGUUCUCAAUCGGAGGAACCAACGUUAGCCAUUUUUCAAAGAAAAAACUUUAAGAUUAACAGUUUGGAGAAAGAAUUGUGAAUUUGGAAGUUGGCUUCUGGACAUUAUUUUAACUAUGGAUAGAGAAAUUUCUACCUUCAUUCCUGACAUGCUGUAGUAUCUCACAGGAUGUUCCAAGCAUGUAAACGAGGAUUGUGUCGUCGCGUUGUGGAAACUACAUGCAGCACAGUUGUUCUUAAUCAGGAUUGCAGAAUGUUGCAUCUACAAUACCCAUCCUGAAGGUUAGACUCAACGUUUCCUUUUGAAACCUUGUGAUGAUAUUGAAGCAUCUGACUCAACUCUGUGGAAUAUAAAACCAGCAACGUCGAUACCAACUGUUUCAACCAUGUCAACCAUAUCGGGAUCCGCCUCCCCAAAGCUGCCCUCGGUGCGCUUACAAAGGGACCGGUCUCGAUCUGCGCUUUCUCAGAGAGCGCCCUCUGUUGUCAGCAAUGACACGCAAUCUGCAUACAGUCAGAGGACGCAGAGCAUGUUUGUGCGGAAGCUGGGAAUUCUUAUGGCCGAGCACUUGGCAACCAGGCACGAGUUGUAUCAAAAGUAUCAUGCAGCAUCGGGGGGAAAUCUAAGAAGACAGCAUCAAAGGGCAGGAACAUCAAUGUCGUCAAUAAGCUGCACGGCUAGUGUGCCUUGGACAUUCUAUUCCACAACCAAGAUGAAACAGCUUCCCCUGCCCCAGCUGCAGAGCUCUGAGGUCCUGCGAGCCUCAUCACCUAGCCCAAGGGGGAAGAGAAACGUCAGUGUCUGCUCAGAGAGAUAUCUGGGGACAUCCGUGGUUGGUCAGCCUCAACAUCGCAGAAGUAAAUCAGCCGCUGAGAUUCUGCAUCCGAUAUCGUCCAACGCAUCUACCAGUGAUCAAGUCAGACGGUUUGAGGAGGAGAGGAUGGCGCUGUUACAGACUAGGACACUCAAGAGGAGCACUGAAGUUAUGGCACACCGCAAGGAUAGAAAAUACCACAUGUGUGGAUCAGGAGUGUCAAUCCACGACCGCUACAUGGUGGACAGCGAUGAGAUGGAUCGGUUACGGCAGCUCAUCCAGGCCAGGUCAACCAAGAGAGGCAGCUCUCCAGUCAGCUACUAUGGCAGAUAUGGAGUCAGGGUUACCAGUGGACAUGGUACUCGGCAGACAAAGCCUUCAACAGCCACAGAGGAACAAAAGGAGCAACAAGGUAAUGACAUAGACUCAUCUCAGAUCCCCAUAGAAACCAAUGAGAAUGAAAACAAUGUUGCCGUAGCAACGCCAGCUAACGAAAAUGGGAAUGACGCCAUGGCUGCACCCACAGCAGUCACUGAUGAGGAAGAUGGAGUUAAAGAAGAUAAUUUGGCCGUCGGUGAAGUUGAUAGAAAAGUGGAUGACAGUGAGGUUGCUGCCAAUAUGGUAAACAUUGAAAAGUCUGGUGGAAAGGAAGACCAAAAAGAGGUAAACACAUCAGAAAAUGCAACCUGUGAACUAGACAACCUAGACCACAUUUUACCAGUUAGCAAUGACGAAAGCCUGGAUGUCGACCAGCCAGUAGAGGGCGCCUUAACACAGACCAAAGACGAUGCCCAAGAAAGCCCAGAAUCGGAGACCAAGGCUGAUGGGUCACAUGGAAGAGAUCCGAAUGUCAACCCAGACGCACAUCCUGAUGAGAACACUAAAGAGGAAGAGGUACAUGGAGCAGCAGGCAUUGGGGAGGAUAAAGAAGUUAUUGGAUCUGAAGACGUAUCGGAAGGAUUGAGGGGUGAUGGUGAUAACAGUUCUGCUAAUGCAGAAGAUAUGGAGGUACAGGAAAUACAAAACAUGAUGCCAAAUGUGAGGAUUUCCAAGAAACUGGCAAAGAAAAGUGGGAAAGAUGCCUUCAUGACAGACUUUGAGACCUCAGAUGCAGCCGGCGACGACAUUCAAGACAUGUUUAGCAAUCUCAAGCCUGAUCACCCCACCUCCUCUAAUGGGACAAAUCAAGAAGACACUGACGCAUCAAGACGAGGGUCCUCUCAAGAAGGCCCUACCCAGGAGACAUCCCAGGAAUCGCAUCAUCCGACCGCCGAGGAGGCCCUUCUUGGAAUGCUAGUCAGCGAUGAUAAGAUCGCAGCCAUGGAGGACAGUCUAAGGAGACUCGACCGUCUCAAAGGAGGCAUCCAGGAUGUCGGACAUCUUGAAGAAUCAGAACUAAACCUCGAGGAGCUCAACGCCAACCAGCAUGACGUCGAUUACGGGGAGGAGGUGUAUGGGAAGGUCUUGAAUGACGAGGAGUUGAAGGAGAUUGAGAGAUUGAGGGCUGAGAAGAGAGAGGCUAGGAGCGCUAAGUCUAGGAAAGGAGACGAUACCAUCAUGGCCGAGGCUAAAGUGUCGCAGGCAAAAUCCAAGAUGGCCGACAUUUACAAUUUCAUCAGCCCCGUGCAGCAAGAGGUGCUCGAGAAGAAGUUUCAAGAGUUGGACAUUGAUGGCAACGGCGUCAUCACGCUACAGGAGCUGUUCAAGAGGAUGUAUCGGGGCAGAGCCAACAAAGAAUUAGGCCGAGCUUUCAUGCAGGUGUUUGACUUGAACAAAGACCAGACAAUUGACGAGCGUGAGUUUGUGAUUGUCGCUGCACUCAACGACAAGCUGACAGGGAAACUCACCGAUUCAGCAGAUGCUCCGUUAGAGUUGGAUCUGGACAGGCUAGCCCAGAGUAUUACAGCAUACAAGGAAAUAUUUCAGGUGACUGACCAGGACUCCGACGGCCGCCUGACUCUCGAAGACGUCAUGCUUGUCAUCUCGCUCUCAGGGAACCUAGAGACUGGGAUAGACCCAGAUAUCGUCCAACAUGUUCACAACACCAUCGAUGCGGAUGACAACGGAACCAUUGAUUUCAUAGAGUACCUCACCUACAUACCUUUCUUUCUCAAGUUACACAAGAGGAUGGCUGCAAGUCGGCAUAUUACCAUAGCGGAGGUUGAGAGGACUAGGGAUGCGGUGAGGAGCGCCAUCCUCAAGGUGCGGGGAACUGGGACCAGGGAAGUGACGAUGAAGACAUUCUGAGGAUCAAGAGGCUAAUCUCUGGAUGGAACAGCCGUUUGAGAUGAAUGGCUAAACCCAGUAUUGAUUUACAUCACCCUAUGCAAAAUCCAUCUUAUGAACAGGAGAUGAACUUAUUAGGAAGUUUCAAAAUUGUUGAUUGAUGGAGAAGCAGUGACUUUUACGGACACCAUCAAUACCAUUGUGAAAGGAGCUUGAGUCCAAAUGGUUGCCAUGCUCUCCAAGCUUAUUUCUCCAGUCUCAUCAAAGGAAGUAGGACAGACUACAUCACUUUUCAGAGUUUGGAAACACUUAUAAAGCCAAGAUGUAAACAGUACCAUGGACCAUUCAGAAGCUUCCAGCAUGGCGUGACCAAGUGUAAAGAUAGAGAUUGUAAUUGAGAUUGUGUUAUGAAAAGAUUUACAUAUACAUGUACAUGUAUCCUGAGAAGCAUUAUUCUAUGUCUGUAUGCUCGGAACAGAGCAUGUAAAUAUGACAAUACAAAGCCGUCUCUAAAUGCUGAAUUGAACAUUGACGCAUGCUUCUACAAUCCCGGCCAAAAUGGUUGGGACACUUGGAAAUAACCUUAGCCUCCAACGGUCACCAACUCCCCCGCU